AUGACUGAAACAUUCAAGGUGGCAAUAACCUUCGUGUCGCCUAGUAGCGAAGCUCUUGCUCAAUCUAUCAUCGAUUCUAUAAACAAAUCCGCAGACACGACUCGCGCAAUCAAAAUUCAAGCGGAUAUGCGGGAUACAGACUCCCCUUUGAGGAUUAUUGAUGCAACCAUCUGUGCUUUCGGGCCAAAUAUUGAUAUCCUUGUCAACAAUGCAGGGGUCGAAAGUCUCGUAUCCCUCUCUGAACUUGGUCUACAAGAUUUCAAUGAAUGCAUUGAUGUCAAUUUCCGCGCCGUGGUUUUCAUGACUAAAUCGGUAAUCCCGUAUCUUCGCAGUCCGGGUCGUAUUAUCAACAUCAGCUCAUCUUCAGCGCAUGCAGGAGGCCUAUCGAGUGGGAUUUACGCUGCAUCCAAAGCUGCCGUAGAAGCUCUUGCUCGGUUCUGGGCAACAUCACUAGGCCCACAGGGCCACUCAGUUAAUACUGUAGUUCCAGGCUUAACUCAGACGGAUAUGUAUGAGAGAAUCAUAGCUGAAGAAUCUUCGGCGGCGUAUCAUAGGACAGUAGCGUCAAUGACACCGAUGGGUGGUAGAGUUGGUACACCAGAAGACAUAGCUAGGAUAGUAUCUCUACUUGUUGAGCCUCGAAGUCAGUGGGUUACAGGACAGACGAUUUCAGCUACUGGAGGAUUGAUCCUGCUCUAA